CAGAUCGGCGGUGUGGGCCACACCGUCGAGAUCGACGAGACGAGCCUAAAGAAGAAGUCCAAGUUCGGGCGCGGCAAGCAGCACGAGGGGCAGCCGCACGAGGACUACUGGCUCUUCGGCGGUGUCGAUCGGGCCACGGGGCGGUGGUUCGUCAUCAUCACCGGCCCCGACCGCAAAAAGAAGACGCUGUCUCCUCUCAUCUACAAGCAUAUUAUGGCCGGGUCGACCAUCAUCUCCGACCAGUUCUCCUCG